AUGGGUACCUCGGGAAACCGAGGCUGUUGGCCUCAACUGAUAUCAGUAAUAGCUUUUUGCCUCUUAGCCACUACUGUGGUGGCCAAUGAGCCUUACUUUUAUGCCUCACCACCACCACCUUACGUUUACAAGUCACCGCCCCCACCAUCACCGUCACCACCUCCUCCAUAUGUUUACAAGUCACCUCCUCCUCCAUCGCCAUCUCAUCAACCACCUUACGUUUAUAAGUCACCACCCCCACCAUCACCAUCACCACCUCCUCCAUAUGUUUACAAGUCGCCUCCACCUCCAUCUCAUUCCCCGCCACCUCCUUACAUCUAUAAAUCACCACCUCCCCCAUCACCAUCACCUCCUCCUCCAUAUAAAUCCGGGGCUAUUGAUCUUAAGGACUUUCGGCCUAUUAGUCUUGCGAAUGGAGUUCAUAAUAUUAUUGCCAAAGUCCUGGCCAAUAAGUUGAGAAGGAUUAUGGAAAAGAUUAUUUUGAAGCCCAAUAAUGCUUUUGUUAAAGGUGUGAUUUUGAGGAGAAAUGACGAUCUUGGAUAG